AUGAGGUUUCAAUAUGACGAGAGACCACUUUCAGUGCCCGCUUAUUUCGGUGAAAAUGAUGAGAAUGAUGAGAAUGAUGAGAAUGAUGAGAAUGAUGAGAAUGAUGAGAAUGAUGAGAAUGAUGAGAAUGAUGAGAAUGAUGAGAAUGAUGAGAAUGAUGAGAAUGAUGAGAAUGAUGAGAAGUAA